AGGGGAGAGGCCGGGAGACGCGUUUAUACCCGUCCCCGCCUGGGCCCGCUCCGCGCUGCCGGGCGGGGGAAAGCCGCACGCGAGGCCGCCGGGUGCGGGGCGGCGCCAGGGUAGCGGUAGGAUGCGGCCCGGCGCCCGGUAACGCCGGCGGGGCCCGGGUUCGCCGCGGUUCCCCGCGGCCCGCGCGGCGGGGCCUGGUCCCUUCCCCUCAUCGCCGGGCUCGCCGUCCCCCGCCCCCACCCCCGGCACGGCCGCGCCCGGCCCGAGGGGCCGCUCUGCGGUGGCGCCCCCGUUGCCGUCCCGGGGCGGCUGGCGGGGCGCGGGGAGCUGACGCAGCGUCAGGCGCGGCCGCUGCCGGUGGCGGCUGCGCGCUGCCGGGCGGGCCGGCGUGCGGGGGCCCGCGGGCCCGCGGCAGGUGGAUGCGGCCUGCGGCGCUUCGGAGGCGGCGACGAGGCGCUGCUCGCCCGCCGCGUUUCCUGACAUGGGCGCUGAAGAUGGGUUUUCUGGUUCCGUGGUUGUGUUUCGGAGAGGAAACUUUCUCAUGUGCUUAAAUCUGGUUUUGCAGCGGCGAGAGCUUCGCUGGCUAGCGUGCUAGCGUGGCCUCGUGAAUAGAUGCGUGAGCGUGGGGGUUUUGCUAGGUUUUUUGUUUGGUUGAUUGGUUUUCUUCCUUUUAGCAAGGACCGCAUGAUAAAUUUGUAUGUAUAAGUAUAUAUUUGUAUGCAUUUGUGUAAGUACCUGAACUGUAUGAAUCUAAAAAACCCUGAAAUGCAAAAAUAAAAAUUAAGAAAUGUUGAUGAAGGUGACAGUUCAGGAGGAUGCAUCACCUCUAAUCGAAACUUCCUGAAGUAGUCUUAACAAUUUUGGUAUGUUUUUCAAAUUUUUUCUGGACUUAAUCCUGCUAGGUAUGCUUGCACAGGCUAGAAUCAAUUAUCGUUCCACAACAUGUGAAUUAUUAAUAAGCUUGCUAGUUUGGAUUAGAUGUGCAGCUAACUCACAUAAAUAUUCCUGGCUUGCAAAGGUACAUGGAAGAAAAGCGUCAGAAUGUAAUUGUUUCCUGUUGGCAGUUCAAUGGGUUAAAUAAUACACAGGGUUGGGGUUUUUUAAAUUUGUUUUCAUUAUCCCUAUUUGCAAAUAGAUUGAGAUCCUGCAGGAUUUUUUCUGGUCUAUAAUGUUGCAUUUUUGUGUGUUCUGGUAGAAAACAGAAUUUCCCAACAGGAAGAAAAUUAGCGUUGGCUCUGAUGUAGUCCAGCAGUUUCUGGGGAAGCCUGGUGUCAUAGCUGUAUGCUUGCUGGGUCACCUGUUUAGCCAUCAGGACAGCUUAAAAGCAACAAAUGAACAAAAUUAAAGCAAGCUUUAUUGGGUUUUGCCUUUUUCCACGUUGUCUUUUUGAGUGAAAUAUUUCAACGACAGUGCUAAGAGAAAUAAAUAAAUUUGAUCUGUCAGAGGAAAUUGAAAGCCUUUGAUUUUGAGACAAUGAUUUGCAAGGAACAAAUAGUUCAGGAUCAUUGGGUGGUCUUGAUGUUCGUAGAAGAAUCCCUAUAAAGCUGAUCUCAAAACAGGCCAAUAAAACCAAACCUGCACCUCGAACUGCAAGAACUAUGAACAGAAUGCCUUCAAAGACACAAGUUGGUGAUGAAGACUGAGCCAAGCAGAUUGGAAGCACUGUGGCAUUUCUUGAUGACUUCAGUACAGAGUGACACAUGCUCUUAAUAGCAGCCGGUGUCAAUUAGGAAAGCGUUGUGGUUGGCUUGUGUCUUUCUUCUCAUUCUGCUUUCCACAGAAGAAUUUGAAUAUAACAAAGAGGAGCGAUACGAGUGCAAAGGAGGUGAAAUGUUUGGCAAUCAAAGGAGGUUCCCUGGACCCAUCUUUUGGGACUAUAAGAUAAACUUGCUGGGGGAAAAGGACGAUACACCGGUCCAUUUCUGUGAUAAGUGUGGAUUGCCCAUCAAAAUGUAUGGACGUAUGAUACCUUGCAAGCAUGUUUUCUGCUAUGACUGUGCUAUACUACAUGAGAAGAAGGGAGACAAGAUGUGUCCGGGCUGUAACGAACCCGUGCAGCGAAUUGAGCAGUGUGUACGAGGGUCUCUCUUCAUGUGUAGCAUUGUUCAAGGCUGCAAGAGAACUUACCUGUCACAGAGGGACUUACAAGCUCACAUCAACCACCGUCAUAUGAGAGCUGGAAAGCCUGUUACUCGUCCUCCAAUCGAACCUGUACAUCCUCCUAUUGCCCCACCGCCUGCAGAAAUUCCUGAGCGUUUCAUAAUGCCACCUGAGAAACAUCAUAUGAGCCACAUUCCGCCAAAGCAGCACAUCAUGAUGCCACCACCUCCUUUACAGCACGUGCCACAUGAGCAUUAUAACCAGCCACAUGAAGACAUUCGUGCGCCUCCUGCUGAGAUGUCAAUGGCUCCACCACCACCUCGCCCGGUCAGUCAGGACACCUUCCGCAUCUCAACAAGAAAACACAGCAACUUAAUAACCGUCCCUAUUCAGGAUGAUUCGAAUUCAGGUGCUCGAGAACCACCUCCACCAGCCCCUGCACCUGCUCAUCAUCAUCCUGAAUAUCAGGGUCAACCAGUGGUAUCGCACCCUCAUCAUAUUAUGCCUCCACAGCAACACUAUGCACCCCCACCCCCACCACCUCCACCAAUAAGCCAUCCGCUGCAGCAUCCUCCCCAGGCAGCAGGUACUCCUCACAUGGUAUAUAGCCAAGCGCCUCCACCACCAAUGACCUCUGCUCCUCCUCCAAUAACCCCACCACCUGGACAUAUAAUUGCCCAGAUGCCACCAUAUAUGAAUCAUCCUCCUCCAGGACCUCCCCCUCCGCAGCACGGAGGCCCACCCGUAAAUGUAAAUGCACCCCCUCCCCAUCACUAUAAUCCUAACUCUUUGCCACAGUUCAGUGAAGAUCAAGGAACUCUUAGUCCCCCUUUCACACAGCCUGGGGGAAUGAGUCCAGGGAUAUGGCCAGCUCCAAGGGGGCCACCGCCACCUCCAAGGAUGCAAGGGCCUCCUGCUCAGGCCCCACUUCCUGGACCACACCACCCUGAUCAAGCCAGAUACAGACCCUAUUACCAAUGAUACAAGCAAUUAUAUGAAUAGAGAGUGCUAUGAAGAGGAUAAAACUAUAUACAGCAGCCUUCUGAUUAAUUGUUUGGGGGUUAUUUUGUGGUGUUUUUUUUUUAAAUACUGUCAUUUUGACUGUAAGACAUUUGGGGGUUUGACUCUUAAAUGAUUUUUAAGCCUUGGCUGUAGGGCUCUGACUUCAAAUACUCUGUAGUGCUAAAGUAAGUGGCUUAGUAGACCACAGUUGCAUUUUAACAGAACUUCUGUCUCUAGUGUGGCUAAAUUGUCCUGAGAUGAACAGUUGUAAUGUUAUUUCCUGGAGAAAAUGAACAUGUGUUGUACCAUUCUUGUUAAAUCCGGUGUUUAGUUUCACUUGUGAUACAUUUUUGUUAACCUGUGUACAAUAAUUAAAUUGAAAUAUGGUUGUAAAAGUGGUGGGGCUCUAUGUGAAGUUAACACAGACGUAGUUCCGGGACACUUACUUCGGCACUAAUACUUUCCAAAUGGGCAGCGUUGUGAAAUCUUAAGGGAGCUUUAAUCUACUAACAGUUACCAUAAGAAAUUCAGGCUAUGGUGAAUUCAUGGCACUAGAAAUCAGAAAUGCAGAAUACUGCUUUUCAGCUUUUUCUUUUCUUUUUUUUCUUUAUGUGGCAAGAUAAAUUUAUCAGAAGUAGAGCUUUGGGCCUGACAUGAAACCUUGUAAUGUAUUGUGGAGUUUGGGGGGGGGGGUUUUGGUUCAUUUUUGCAGUUGGGUUUUGGGGUUUUCCUGGUUUGUUCUAAAGCUAGUUUUGAUUGGGAAGAUCCUGUUUACAUGUAUACUACUCACUGGAGUUGAAUUCAAACUAUUGUGUUUUCCUAUGGCUGUGUUUGCUUGGAAGUGGCUGUGAAUUGGCUUGCCAUGUCUGUGAGGAGCAGAUUAUUUUAGGUAGGGAAUCGGUGUUUGCCUCUUGUCACUUUUUUAUAAUAUGUACAGUAGGAAAACUUCCCAUUUGAAUAACCUGAAAGAAGUGGUCUGAAAUCUCGUGUGUAGAUACAAAGAAAUAAAAAGCUACGCAUCCUUCA